ACACGGUACCCAGACGGUCCCUUGGUCCGUGACCAAGCGGAGCGUGUUGUGGGGCGGGAGGAGGACACCGAUGGGCGGGACUCGGCGCUGGUUGGCCGCUCUCCGCCUAAUGAGAGGGCAGCUUGUAACGUGGUGCCGGUGGUUCCGGGUUGGGGUCGCUCCGGUAGGCCGGGCCGAGCGCUUCGGUGCUGGGGGAUGUUGGUUUUCGGCCCGGCUCGGGCUGUCGCCGUGUUGUCCGUCACGGUUGUGUUGUCCCCGCCCGCCCGGUGCGGGCUGAGCCGCCUCCCGCACAUCAGUAACUCUGCAGCUCACUGGCUCCAUCCCGCUAACAUGUUUGACAGUUGUAACGCUAAGAGUUUCUACCACAGCAAAGCUCUCACCUCCCCGUAUCCCAGAUCGCGUGUUGAGCGUGCCCAUGUUCCUGCAGAUAAAGUGGACUGGUUGACUGAGUGGAAGGACUACCGACCUGUGGAGUACACUGCAGUGUCUAUUUUGUCUGGACCUCAAUGGGCAGAUCCGCAGGUCAGUGAUAAAACUUUCUCACCCAAAUUUAAUGAGAGAGAUGGAGAAGUGGAGAGGACAAGUUGGAAUGGCUUGUAUGUGGUUGAAAACGGGAGGCCACGAAACCCGGCAGGAAGGACAGGUCUCACAGGGAGAGGGUUGCUGGGACGCUGGGGACCAAACCAUGCUGCUGAUCCUGUUGUUACCAGGUGGAAGAGGGAUAGAAGUGGCAAUAAAGUAGCUCACCCAGUUACUGGCAAAAACAUCUUGCAGUUCGUAGCUAUCAAGAGGAGAGACUGUGGGGAGUGGGCCAUCCCUGGGGGGAUGGUGGAUCCAGGGGAGAAGAUCAGCGCUACUCUUAAGCGGGAGUUUGGAGAAGAGGCUUUGAACUCCUUACAGAAAUCACCUGAGGAGAAAGCAGAGCUGGAAAAGCAACUCCAGAGACUGUUCAGCCAGGAGCACUUUGUGGUGUACAGAGGAUACGUGGAUGACCCUCGUAACACCGAUAAUGCUUGGAUGGAGACAGAGGCUGUGAACUACCAUGAUGAAAGUGGUGAGACCAUGGAUAACUUGCCUCUGGAAGCAGGUGAUGAUGCUGGGAUGGUGAAGUGGGUUGACAUCAGUGAGAAGCUCAAGCUGUAUGCAAAUCACAGCUACUUCAUUAAGCUUGUGACGGAGAAAUGGGGAGCCCACUGGAGUGAGGAACCUGGUCCUGAGUGUCCUGAGUGAUGCAAAGGAGGAAUGGAGCCACAUUUUAAGGCUGGUGUUCGGCAGCCUUGGAACUGAGAUGAUGCUGAACUUCUCAUUGCUCCCUUACAGUGUAUGCCUCAUUUAAAGGACUUUGUUAUUGCAAGUAACAUGUAAUAAUAACUCUUAUCACCUGCGUACAGCCUUCCAGCUGUGAGGUUAGCACUGUAUACACAGGCAGAGCUGGCUAUGAUGGAACAUGCAAUGACAAGGACUUUUAGAAGGUUUGAAAUGGCUUCUUUGAAUUUCUCAAAGAGUGAAAAAUGAGGUGAAUGUGAAACUGUUAACUUCUUGUCUUAAUUAUUUGCAGCCAAAUUUUUAUAUCAGCAGAGCUGCAAGAGAAUGCUGGGAUUCUGACUGUAGUUCUGAGCUACACUUGAGCUCUAUUUUUGCACUUGUUUCUUAUCAGGGGUAUGAAGCUUUCACAAGUCUGUGGCUUGUAGGAUGAUGACCGGAAUAGUUACUAAGAUGAAUUAAAGAACUUUGUAUUUAA